AUGUCUCUCCAACCAUACAUCAACAAGAAGGUUCUCAUUCUCACCGUUGACGGCCGCACACUUUUGGGCACACUUCUCUCGACCGAUCAACUAACUAACCUCGUCCUUACCAACACUGUCGAGCGCAUCAUCCGCACUCCAGACGAUGACGAGCCCUCAUCGCAGAUUGAACACGGGCUCUACUUGAUCCGAGGUGACAAUGUAGUCAUCUGCGGCGAGGUAGACGAGAAGAUCGACGGAGAAAUCGACUGGAGCAAGGUCAAGGGCGAAGUGAUCCGAGACACAAAGAAUGCAUGA